AUGAGGGAAUUACUGAAUUUAACAAGUUCCUUUGUAUAUUGGCAGAUUUAUAGGUCGUUCACACUGAUACUACAGGCUGUGGAUCAUAACAAUAUUUCAUUACCUGCUACUAACAACAUAAUAGAAGAAGCCACCUAUUCCGGCAUAAUAGAUCCAAGCGCCGAAUGGCACACCCUGAACCACAGGGGACCCCGCGCUCGCCUGACAUACAGGGUGCGCGUCAAAUGUGAUAUACACUACUAUAAUUCGACUUGUACAAAGUUUUGUAGACCGAGAGACGACGCUUUCGGUCACUUCAUCUGUGAUUCGAGUGGUGAGAAGAGAUGCAUAGAAGGUUGGGAGGGAUCUACGUGCGAAAGAGCUUCCUGUAAAUUAGGCUGUCAUCCAAUCCAUGGCAAGUGUGAAGAUAAUCCAGGAGGUUGUACGUGCCGACCUGGUUGGAAAGGGGACUUUUGUGAUCAAUGUGAACCGUAUCCGGGAUGUAAACAUGGGUACUGCAACGGGUCUUCCUGGCAAUGUAUUUGUGAUACCAAUUGGGGUGGAAUACUAUGUGAUCAAGAUCUGAACUACUGCGGUACCCACGAACCUUGCAUCAACGGUGGUACCUGCGAGAAUACAGCACCGGACAACUACCUUUGUACCUGUCCCGAAGGAUUUUCCGGCUCGAACUGUGAAGUGGUGGAUAAUCCUUGUGCCCCAGCCCCCUGCGCCCAUGGGGGUACUUGUCUGGAGGCGGGAGGCUCUUUCAGCUGUGAAUGCGGAAAUGGGUGGACGGGGCCAACCUGCAAUAUUGAUAUCGACGAGUGUGCUUCAGCUCCCUGUCAAAAUGGCGGUUCAUGCAUCAACAUGGAAAAUUCGUUCAAAUGCAAUUGUUCCAGUUCCUGGGAAGGAAAUGUUUGUCAAUUUGAUGCUGACGAAUGCCUUGAUAAUCCCUGCAUCAAUGCCAUCUCCUGCACCAACCUAGUAGGCGAUUACCACUGCAAAUGUCGAGUCGGCUGGAUGGGAAAAAACUGCGACCAAAACAUCAAUGAUUGCGUUGGACAGUGUCAACAUGGCGCCACCUGCAUAGAUCUCGUAAAUGAUUAUCAUUGCGCCUGUAUGCCUGGAUAUACUGGAAGGGACUGCCAUACCGAUAUAGAUGAUUGCGGAUCGAGUCCUUGUAAAAAUGGCGGAGAAUGUGUCGAUCAAGUGAAUGGCUAUAGGUGCAUUUGUCCAGUUGGUAUCACCGGCCUCGAAUGUGAAAACGACUACGACCACUGUAAUCCGGACCCUUGUGAGAACAGAGCACCUUGUUUCAAAACUCAAUCCGAUUACUAUUGCCAUUGUCCGGAAGGUUGGCAGGGAAAAAACUGCAGCCAAGCGAGGAUUUCUUGUGAUAAUCCCCCGUGUGACGACGGUGUAGAUAGCUGCGUCAUUGUUUCUGUCGGAGGGAGCAGAUCUUCAGCCCCAAGUUUAUGUGGAGAACAUGGUCAUUGCAUUAAUCAACCUGGCAUUGGUUACAAGUGUCAGUGUCAACCUGGGUAUACCGGAAAAUAUUGCCAUGAAAACAUCAAUGACUGCAAAGUGAACCCUUGUGAAAAUGGCGGAACUUGUGUGGACAAGGUGAACGCUUUCCAAUGUAUAUGCAUUGAAGGAUGGGAAGGUGCUCUGUGCAAUAUAAAUACCGAUGAUUGUUCGCCAAAUCCAUGUCGAAACAAUGGAACCUGCAUCGAUUUAAUAGCCGAUUUUGAAUGCGAGUGUAAAAAUGGAUGGAAAGGGAAAACUUGCUCUCUGAAAGACAGUCAUUGUGACCACACUACCUGCAAAAACGGGGGGACGUGCCAAGAUCUGGGGAACACUUUUGUUUGCAGAUGCCCUCCUGAUUGGGAAGGUACCACAUGUCACAUCGUCAAGCAAACGGCGUGCAGAUCAAACCCCUGCCUGAACGGGGGAACGUGCGUCAACACAGGCGACUACUACCAGUGCAUUUGCAGGGAUGGCUUUGAAGGAGACCAUUGCCAGGACGACGUCAAUGAUUGCAGCCCGCAGCCUUGCUACAACGGCGGAAAGUGCAUCGAUGGCGUCAAUUGGUUUUUGUGCGAGUGCGCACUGGGAUUCACAGGGCCAGACUGUAGAAUAAAUGUCAACGACUGUGCGUCGAAUCCUUGCGGAUACGGAGGCACUUGCAUCGACGACAUCGGGGAUUUCAAGUGCAUUUGUCCUGCAGGAAGAAAGGGCAAGAGAUGUAAUAUCGACGACAGAGCAUUCCUACCAUCACCAGGCAGCUGCCCGUGGAACAGCCAUAUCCUGGAGAACAACGUAACUUGGCAACACGAAUGCAAUACCUGCAUGUGCAACAACGGCAUCGUUAAAUGUACCAGAGUGUGGUGCGGCCUCGGGAACUGCCGCACAUCCAAUCAGCAAAACACCAUGUGCACCCUGAGCCAAGUGUGUGUACCUUCGUCCCUCGAAUCGUGCCUCGCACCCCCUUGUUUGCCUUACGGAGAAUGCAGGGAUUUGGAAAGCGGGCGGAGAGUCAAGCCUCCCUCCCUGCCCACACCAAGUACCUGUUGGCCGAACCAGGCGUUGCUCAGUAAUAGUUGCGCGAGACUAACCUUGCUACUGGAUAGGGUUAAGCUGCCGCAAGGGAUAACGGUUGAGGGGCUUUGCGGAGAUUUGAGGAGGCUGCUAGCGAACCAACAGGCUGUCGAGGGGCUACAGGAUUCGUUGGUUCUCUUGUGCGAUUUGAAAACCGGAUAUAAUGAUACAGUUGAAGUCACUCUGUCCGGCGACCGUUGGGUCCUUGACGGCAUACGAGUCGUCGGAGAAGCGAUUUCUCGAAAGCAAACUUCUUUCCUAGCUCUAACCUCAAUUGUCGAAGUCAAAGUGGAAACCGCCCUUCUAUCUGAAGAGCAGCAGAGCAACAAAUACCUUAUAGCCCUCGUAUGCUUCAUCGUGAUCGGAAUCUGCGCGGCGGGAGUCGUCGGCUUUUUAUACCUGAAACAGCGCAGAAGGAACCUUGGACAAAGUGGCAUGAACCUUUCUCCCUCCACCGAAACUUGCCACAGGAACCACGAGGACGAGAAAUCCAACAACCUUCAAAACGAAGAGAAUCUAAGGCGGUACGCAAAUCCCCUCAAAGAUGACAUCGGUAGCAGCAUGGCGAGCAUAAACUCCGCCAUCGACAUGCCCAGAGUGAGUGUGGUGCGCCCCAUGUCGAGCAUGAUUCCUCACGACAGCUCCAGCGAAAUGCUCGAAAUGAUCUCCGAGGUGGAUUGUCCGGGAUCGCGCAAGACAAUGCUGGUUCUACCAGGCACCAGCUCCUCGGAGAACACGCUGAAGCUCAACGAAGGGGUGAAAAUCGCUGAUGGACUCAACAGCGCCCACAGAAACAGCCAGAUAAUGCUGUACAAGGCGCAGAAUCCGGACGUUCGAAAAAACACCGCAGCAUUUGACGACUCUUCGGGACACAAGGACUUUAGUAAAAGUAUUAUAAAUAUCAAUAAGCAGAGGACUUCACAACAACAGAGUGCUAGUGCGGACGUGCUUACUGUUCUUGUUUGAGAGAGCCAGUGUUAAUUUCACUUAUAUAAUGGCGAGGGGUUCUUGAGUUUUUAGAUAGAGCUAGGGCGCCUUACACAAAAUCAUGAAGAUGGUAUUAAAAGAGCCGAAGGGUAGAAUAGCUCUGUAUUGGGUCGGCAUGACUAUUGGUAACUUUGGAAAUUUGUGAUUCCAGUUAAGAUUUUUUUCUCAUUGUUGAUGACUUACAGAAUUACACAAGAUCAGAGUGAAAUAUUAAAUUGACCCCGAACUAAUCUCACGAGAAAAAUCUUCGAGUGGAAUUCACUGGAACUUUGCAGAAUGCUGAAGAAAGAAAAGUUUUCAUUAUUAGAACUUAUUCUUGAUUUUGAAAUUCAUUCAGAAGAAUGUCUAUCCUAUGCAUAUAUUACAUAUCACGGGAAAAGACUAUCGUUGAACUGGUAUAAAAAUGGAAAAAUAUCAAUCAGAAUAUUGCAAACAAAUGUUCCCAUGUACAAAACGUUCCUUACUCGAACAGUAAUAAUGAUUAUAAAUUUCAUGAAACAAUGUAAUAUUAGUUCAUUACCUUAUUUCCCUUGUAGAGUUUAUUCAAGACUAAAAUAUAUAGAUUUCACAUUGGAAGCAAUAGUAGGUAAUGAGUAACAACAAUUAUAUAUUUUUGGUACUGAAUAUAUGCUAUUUCAUUGCAAGCAACAAAUUAUUUAUAUUUUCAUAAGAAACUUACUUUUUCAUUUUUUUUUUUCAAUAAAACAAAAAUUAUAUUGAAAGAUUAUUCUAUAUUCUGUUGAGUUUUUUCUUUGAAUAAUGCCACCACAUAUAGAUAUCUAUUUGAAAAUGUAAUUCAAUUGAAUCUUUUUCAUCUUAAAACUGUAAUUGUCAACAUCAUAUUCACUUCUCAUUUAUAUAAUUGAUGUCAUUGUUUGCUUUACUGCUAAUAAUAUUACAUGUUAGGUUUAUAUAGUUUAUUACAUAAUAAGUGAAACCACUAGUGAAAUUGAAUAAUUUUGAUCAAUAACUCAAUUAUGACAGGUUGUACCUAACACUUUAAAAUUAUUUCACUUAUUUCACUUGUUCACAAUCGUUUCUAACCUCGUCACUUGUAUAAACUUCAACCUAAUGUCGACGUAACUAAAUCAAUCUUCAGCUUAAUACUCUUGAUACAAAUGCCAUAUUAAAGACCUAGCAUCAGGAUACUCAAGUUAGAUCGCUACGUUUAUUGGCGGUAUGUUGGAGGGCAGCGACGUGACAUCGUUUAACUACAUCUGUAGCUAGUAGCUACUGUUUGAAAAAAUCUGUUGAUUCAUACUCUUUGACAGAGUUGCUCAAGCAUGAUUUCCACUUCUUUUAUUGAAUCGUAAGGCGCUUUAGCUCAGAAAGUAUCCUUUAGCUUGAAUAAUAUAUGAAACAUUUUUUAUACGAAUCAUAUUGUAGCUUGAGCAGCAGUCUAAAUAUAUUUUUUUAUUUUGUGCAA